ACAGAAUGAUCAACCGAAUAGCUUUAUCGUUAUUAUUACUGUCAUAUUUUCUCAGUUAUUUAUCAAGUGCUCCUACUAAUUUAUUGAAUUCUACAACUACUAGUUCAACAACAAGUACACUACAGACUACUGUUGCUAUCACAACUGAAAUCCCAAAUGAUACACAGAGACCAAGUGUUCCUCCCAAUGCAGAUUCAAACACAGACACCACUGAUUCAGUUCAGUCAAUUCUGUUUACUACUACUACAACAACACCGUCACCAUUGGCAACAACAACAACAACGACGACAUCAACAACUGAGCGUCAUUUAAACAAUGCGAAUACUUCCCAUACAAAUAAAAAUGUUAGUGAUUUACACGAAUUACCUAAAAGUGGGUCGGCACAACCACAUACUGUUAAAGGACGAGUAGUGUUAGCUACAACUCGUGAACAAGGCAGCAGUGUAUGGGGUUUAACUGCAGAUAAAGCUGAAGAAGCGUGUCAUCGUUUCGCGAAUAAUACUGAUAUUACGCGUCCUAUAUCAAAGCCUAAUGAAGGCAACAAUACAUCCACUACUGAAGGACAUUCUGAGUCGGCUAAUGUAUACCAAGGUCAUUUGUUGUCUGUUACAUCGAAUGAAGAGGUUGUACACUUAAUCAGUCUUAUGGGUAAGAUACCGGCGGUGUCGUUUUGGACUGGAGGUAGACUCAUGAGAACUAAACAAGAAUUAAUAGAUACGGAAAAUAAUACCAGCUUGAAAGUUAUUUUAACUUGGUCAGAUGGUCGAACAAGUCCUGCAAGUAUACUGGGUAUGAGUGAUGGAGAUGAAAGCAGUCUUGAAGAAGGAGUGGUUUAUUGUUUGUCAUUGGAUUUGGCACGACUUACAUGGCAAGCUCGUGACUGUGAACAUCGUUUGCCUUAUGCAUGUUUAAUCACUGCAAGAACUGUUACUGCUAAAGAAAUGCCUGAAAAUGCUUCAUUAGUAUUAAAAAAUUUAACAGAGGUGAAUUCCCAGCAAAAACCUUCAGUUCAUAAUCAUACUAUCAACACAUCUGAUCGGAAAAUGGAAGCUGAACAUUCACCUGUGACUGAUAAUGCCAAAGUUGUUGAAAAUGAUUCCUCUUUUCAAAGUUUGCCAAUGACUACAACUGAGUCGACCCAGUCUACCUCAACAGCUUCCCUUAUAACUGCUGUUACUAACAAUUCUGAGAGACAGACUAUUCAAAAUAACAAUACUAUGCCUACAUUAUCAACAUUACCGACACCAAUGAUAGUAAUUCCUACUGACAGAACACAAACUGAAGGUAAUGCUACAAACGUUGAUAUUCAGUCUAAAGAACAUGACAAAUCUUCAAGAAAUGAGAGUACUGUGCAGAAUUUGACUCACACGUCAUCUGAGAAUGAUGCAGAUAAAAACAGUGCCAGAAAUGAAGAGAGUUCUUCAGAGAAAGACCGAAAAAGUAAUACAGAAUCCAUCCUAAAAAAGAAUCAGACUGGAAAUACAAUUCCUAUGUCUGAGCUUCCAGUAGCAGCAAGAUAUAACUAUUAUUACUAUGGUGAUUCCGAUCGCCACAAUGACUAUGAGGACGAUGAGGGUGACAGAUAUUACCACAGUUAUGACGACUUAGAUGGUCUCAGUAUGAAAGAUCUUGAAGAGGAAUUAAAUAAGCUUGGUACACCCGGAAUGGGAAUGCCCAAUAUUCAUCGGCCUAGUCCUCCUGCCACUACUACUGGUUCACCGGAUAAUAAAAGAAAUCAGAAUUCUAGGGGAUCUAGAAGAUCUUCACGCGAAGAACAAAAAGAAGUCUCAUCUUCAACAACAGAAGUGACGGAUCAGAGAACGAGAACUACAGGAAAACGCAAUGGUGAAACAAGUGGAAAGCUUGCAACAGAAAGAACAGAUUCAGCAACAUCAGACACUUCCGGCCGAACUCGUAGAUCUGUAGAUGAGCAAGGAAGUAACGAAGAAGUGCAAUCAUCACAAACACCACCUCCAUCAACAACGUCGCCAACAGUAGUGACAAGCCCAGUGACAACAUCCACAGAGCAACCCAAUACUGAAACAAAUGAGAAACCUGCAGAAGAAUCGGUAGAAUCAACGACAACGCCCCCUUCCGAGACACUUGGUGAAUCUGUAGGCGAUCAAGAAGGUAGCGAAGAAGUGUCGUCAUUGCAGUUAUCAUCUCCAUCAACAACGUUGGAGACAGAAGUGACGAGCCCAGUUACAACAUCAACAGAGCAACCCACAGCUGAGACGAGUGAAAACUCUACAGCCGAAUCGACAGAAGUGACAAAUUCAACAACACCAAACGCUUCCGGCCGAAGUCGUAGAUCUGUAGAUGAGCAAGGAAGUAACGAAGAAGUGCAAUCAUCACAAACACCACCUCCAUCAACAACGUCGCCAACAGUAGUGACAAGCCCAGUGACAACAUCCACAGAGCAACCCAAUACUGAAACAAAUGAGAAACCUGCAGAAGAAUCGGUAGAAACAACGACAACGCCCUCUUCCGAGACACUUGGUGAAUCUGUAGGCGAUCAAGAAGGUAGCGCAGAAGUGUCGUCAUUGCAGUUAUCAUCUCCAUCAACAACGUUGGAGACAGAAGUGACGAGCCCAGUGACAACAUCCACAGAGCAACCCAAUACUGAAACAAAUGAGAAACCUGCAGAAGAAUCGGUAGAAUCAACGACAACGCCCCCUUCCGAGACACUUGGUGAAUCUGUAGGCGAUCAAGAAGGUAGCGAAGAAGUGUCGUCAUUGCAGUUAUCAUCUCCAUCAACAACGUUGGAGACAGAAGUGACGAGCCCAGUUACAACAUCCACAGAGCAACCCACAGCUGAGACGAGUGAAAACUCUACAGCCGAAUCGACAGAAGUGACAAAUUCAACAACACCAAACGCUUCCGGCCGAACUCGUAGAUCUGUAGGUGAGCAAGGAAGUAACGAAGAAGUGCAAUCAUCACAAACACCACCUCCAUCAACAACGUCGCCAACAGUAGUGACAAGCCCAGUGACAACAUCCACAGAGCAACCCAAUACUGAAACAAAUGAGAAACCUGCAGAAGAAUCGGUAGAAUCGACGACAACGCCCUCUUCCGAGACACUUGGUGAAUCUGUAGGCGAUCAAGAAGGUAGCGCAGAAGUGUCGUCAUUGCAGUUAUCAUCUCCAUCAACAACGUUGGAGACAGAGGUGACGAGCCCAGUGACAACAUCCACAGAGCAACCCAAUACUGAAACAAAUGAGAAACCUGCAGAAGAAUCGGUAGAAUCGACGACAACGCCCCCUUCCGAGAAACCUGGUGAAUCUGUAGGCGAUCACGAAGGUGGCGAAGAAGUGUCGUCAUUGCAGUUAUCAUCUCCAUCAACAACGUUGGAGACAGAAGUGACGAGCCCAGUUACAACAUCAACAGAGCAACCCACAGCUGAGACGAGUGAAAACUCUACAGCCGAAUCGACAGAAGUGACAAAUUCAACAACACCAAACGCUUCCGGCCGAACUCGUAGAUCUGUAGGUGAGCAAGGAAGUAACGAAGAAGUGCAAUCAUCACAAACACCACCUCCAUCAACAACGUCGCCAACAGUAGUGACAAGCCCAGUGACAACAUCCACAGAGCAACCCAAUACUGAAACAAAUGAGAAACCUGCAGAAGAAUCGGUAGAAUCGACGACAACGCCCUCUUCCGAGACACUUGGUGAAUCUGUAGGCGAUCAAGAAGGUAGCGCAGAAGUGUCGUCAUUGCAGUUAUCAUCUCCAUCAACAACGUUGGAGACAGAGGUGACGAGCCCAGGUACAACACCAACAGAGCAACCCACAGCUGAGACGAGUGAAAGCUCUACAGCCGAAUCGACAGAAGUGACAAAUUCAACAACACCAAACGCUUCCGCCCGAACUCGUAGAUCUGUAGGUGAGCAAGGAAGUAACGAAGAAGUGCAAUCAUCACAAACACCACCUCCAUCAACAACGUCGCCAACAGUAGUGACAAGCCCAGUGACAACAUCCACAGAGCAACCCAAUACUGAAACAAAUGAGAAACCUGCAGAAGAAUCGGUAGAAACAACGACAACGCCCUCUUCCGAGACACUUGGUGAAUCUGUAGGCGAUCAAGAAGGUAGCGCAGAAGUGUCGUCAUUGCAGUUAUCAUCUCCAUCAACAACGUUGGAGACAGAGGUGACGAGCCCAGUGACGACAUCCACUGAGCAACUUCCUGAUGAAACGGUUGAGCAGCAGGAAAAUUUGACUAGUGGGGUUUCGAACCCAACCCCGUCAAAUGUGGAAACAAAUGAGGAGUCAAUUACUUCGACUGGAGUGGUCUCAUCAUCUGCUGAGGGGCCAGAAGCGAUAACGGAAAUGGAACAAAUAGUAGAAUAA